AUGUGUCUGCUGCUGGAUUGCUACUGGGAAACGGUAUGUGGGCAGCUCUCUUACUCCGUCUCAGAGGAGGUAAAUCUGGGGACUGUUGUCGGAAAUAUCGCCAAAGAUUUGAACAUCAAUGUCCAAGACUUGGAGUCCCGCAUGUUUCAACUCGUUGCUGGAUCAAAGAGGAAAUAUCUGGAGGUAAAUCUAAAGACUGGUGUCCUGUAUGUUAAUGAGAGAAUAGAUCGAGAGGAACUCUGCGGCGAUGAACCCAAAUGUACCCUCAGCGUAGAAGCAGUUAUUAAUAACCCGUUAAAAUUGUACCGGAUUGAAAUAAUAAUUUUAGAUGAAAAUGAUAAUUCACCAUCAUUUCUCAGCACGUCACAGGUAAUUAACAUUACAGAGAUUACAGCAGCAGGGGCUACAUUUCCUCUGCAUACGGCUGACGAUGCAGAUGUCGGAAGAAAUACUGUAAAUACCUACAAGCUGAGCCCAAAUGAACACUUCUCUCUAGCCACGCACAAAGGAGGGAGUGUAUCUGUCGAAUUAUUGCUUCAGAAAGUUUUAGACAGAGAAACACAGCCUGUGAUUAAACUCACACUGACGGCCAUUGAUGGAGGAACUCCUGCUAAAUCAGGGAGUAUGGUAAUUAUAGUUAAUGUCUUGGACAUUAAUGAUAAUCCUCCUGUAUUCAGUCAAACUCUGUAUAAAGCUAGUGUGUAUGAGAACACUAAGAUUGGAACAUCAAUAUUCACUCUAAAUGCUACCGAUUUAGAUGCAGGUCAAAAUGGACAAGUGUUAUAUUCAUUCGGUAAUUUAGGUCGAGGGAAACAAACUGAUCUUUUUGCAAUUGAUGAAAAAACUGGGACUUUAACGAAUAAAAAGAAUAUCGAUUUUGAAGAAAAUAAUGCUUUUGAGAUCAGAGUACAAGCUAGUGAUGGAGCUUCCUCACCGAUGACCUCACAUGCCAAAUUAUUGAUUGAAGUUUUAGACGUCAACGACAAUGCCCCUGAAGUUUCAGUGACAUCAUUGUUGAACACCGUGAGGGAGGAUGCGGCCAUUGGCACCGCUAUUGCACUGGUUUCAGUAUUUGAUAAAGACGGAGGUAAAAACGGGAUGGUGAACUGUGAAAUUUCCAAUGAUGUUCCUUUUAAAUUAGAGUCAAAUUAUAAGAAUUACUAUUCGUUGGUUGUGGACGGACCUCUUGACAGGGAGAGCAGAUCUCAAUACAGUAUUAGCAUUACUGCGUCUGAUGAGGGCAGCCCACCUCUCUCUAGCACGAGCGUUAUCAAUGUACAUGUAUCAGAUGUAAAUGAUAACAUACCUCUAUUUACAGAAAACAUGAUCAAUAUCUAUGUGAAAGAAAACAGUCGAAUAGGAGCAGUUAUAAAAACAGUUUCAGUAAUUGAUGCUGACAUCGAUCAAAAUGGUCAGGUGACCUAUUCAUUUUUAAAAAGUAACAGUAACUCAUUGCCUCUCUCAACAAUGGUGAAUAUAAAUUCAGAGACUGGAGACAUAGUCAGUCUGCAGACUUUUAACUACGAGGAGUUAAAAACCUUUCAGUUCAAAGUUCAGGCCACAGACUCUGGUGUUCCUCCGCUCAGCAGCAACGUGACUGUGAACGUUUUAGUCCUGGAUGAGAACGACAACAGUCCCACGAUCCUCGCGCCCUAUUCUGAGCACGGCUCCGUUAACAGUGAGAGCAUCCCCUAUUCUGCUGAAGCGGGAUACUUUGUGGCAAAGAUCAGGGCUGUAGACGCAGACUCUGGAUACAAUGCGCUGCUUUCUUACCACCUGUCUGAGCCCAAAGGAAACAACCUCUUCCGGAUCGGAACCAGCACCGGAGAGAUCAGGACUAAGAGGAGAAUGAGUGACAACGACCUGAAAGCUCACCCCUUGGUGGUGUUGGUUUCUGAUAACGGAGAACCCUCCCUGUCAGCUACUGUGUCUAUUGACGUGGUGGUGGUUGAAAGCACAGCUGACAUCCAGACUCAGUUCAGACAUGUUCCCCUAAAGGAGGACAGCUUCUCUGACUUAAACCUGUAUCUGCUGAUCGGCAUCGUGUCGGUGUCGGUGAUCUUUCUGCUGAGCCUCAUCAGUUUAAUAGCUGUCAAAUGCCACAGGACCGACGGCAGCUUCAGCAGGUACAGCGCCCCAAUGAUCACCACCCACCCUGACGGGAGCUGGUCUUACUCCAAAUCUACUCAGCAGUAUGACGUGUGUUUCAGCUCAGACACACUGAAGAGUGACGUAAUGGUUUUCCCCGCUCAGUUUCCUCCUGUAGAUGGAGAACUGAUCAGUAUUAAUGGAGGAGAUACUUAUACCAGAACUCAGACUUUACCCAACCAAGACAAGGUAAGAAGUGAUAUGCUUCCUGUAGUGGCAUACGUGUUAUUUGUGCUGCUGGGCUGUUACUGGGAAGCGGUGUACGGGCAGCUCUCCUACUCCAUAUCAGAGGAAGUGAAUCCGGGGACAUCUGUUGGAAAUAUAGCCAAGGAUCUAAACCUCAAUGUCGACGAUCUGGAGUCUCGUAUGUUUCAGAUUGUUACCGGAUCAAAGAGAACAUUUUUCGAGGUAAAUCUUAAGACUGGUGUUCUUUUUGUCAGUGAGAGAAUAGACCGAGAGGAGCUCUGCGCUAAGGCAACGAAAUGCACAGUGAGCGUAGAGGCAGUGGUAAAUAUCCCAUUGAAGCUGUAUCGUUUAGAAAUACAUAUCCUAGAUGUUAAUGACAAUUAUCCGUCUUUUAGUGCUAAAUCUCAAAGUAUCGAAAUAGCAGAAAGCACUCUACCUGGGACUGCAUUUCUUGUGCUGUCGGCCUAUGAUGCCGAUGUCGGCAAAAACGGUAUUAAUACAUACAAGCUAAAUAAAAAUGAACACUUUUCGUUGUCUGUAAACAAAGGAGAUAGUGUUUCUGCUGAGAUAGUGCUCCAAAAACCUUUGGACCGAGAAAAACAGACUGUAAUUAAUCUCACAUUGACUGCAGUAGACGGAGGGACACCUCCAAAAUCCGGAACAUCGAACAUAAUAAUACAGGUCUUGGAUAAUAAUGAUAACACCCCGAUAUUUACAAAAACAUUAUAUAAAACAAGUAUUACUGAAAAUAUACCUAGUGGUACAUCAGUAAUUACAGUAAGGGCAACAGACGCGGAUGAAGGACCAAACGGGGAGAUUUCAUAUUCACUGAGCAACAAAGAUCAAGACCAUGUUUUAGAAAUAUUUCAAAUUGAUGAGCACACGGGCAUAUUGACAGUCAAGGGAAAGAUUGACUUUGAAGAGCACCCUGCUUUUGAAAUCCGUGUGCAAGCUAGUGACAAAGGCGUUCCUCCAAUGGCAGCACAGUGCAAAGUACUAAUAGAGGUGUUGGAUUUAAAUGACAACACUCCUGAAAUAGCUAUUACAUCAUUAAUAAACAGAGUGAAAGAAGAUGCCAAAAUAGGCACUGCUGUUGCACUUGUCUCCGUCCUGGACAGAGAUGGAGGUGAAAAUGCAGCAGUUUAUUGUGCUAUUAAAAAUGACAGCCCCUUUAGAUUGGAAACGAAUUAUAAAAACUAUUACUCGUUGGUGGUAGACGGUGAGCUCGACAGGGAGAGUGCUUCACAUUAUAAUGUCACCAUCACAGCUACAGACGAUGGAAUCCCUGCUCUCACGAGCACCAGUGAGCUUACGGUUUAUAUUUCCGACGUCAAUGACAACUCGCCCCGUUUUUCAGACACGUUGGUCAAUGUCUAUGUAAAAGAGAAUAGUCCGGUUGGAGAAGUUCUAAAACGAGUCUCUGCAGUUGAUGCUGACAUCGAUCAAAACAGUCAGGUGAGCUUUUCGAUAAUCGAAAGUAACAGUAACUCAUUACCUCUCUCAACAAUGGUGAAUAUAAACUCAGAGACCGGAGACAUAGUCAGUCUGCAGUCGUUUAACUACGAGGAGUUAAACACCUUUCAGUUCAAAGUUCAGGCCACAGACUCUGGUGUUCCUCCGCUCAGCAGCAACGUGACUGUGAACGUUUUAGUCCUGGAUGAGAACGACAACAGUCCCACGAUCCUCGCGCCCUAUUCUGAGCACGGCUCCGUUAACAGUGAGAGCAUCCCCUAUUCUGCUGAAGCGGGAUACUUUGUGGCAAAGAUCAGGGCUGUAGACGCAGACUCUGGAUACAAUGCGCUGCUUUCGUAUCACCUGUCUGAGCCCAAAGGAAACAACCUCUUCCGGAUCGGAACCAGCACCGGAGAGAUCAGGACUAAGAGGAGAAUGAGUGACAACGACCUGAAAGCUCACCCCUUGGUGGUGUUGGUUUCUGAUAACGGAGAACCCUCCCUGUCAGCUACUGUGUCUAUUGACGUGGUGGUGGUUGAAAGCACAGCUGACAUCCAGACUCAGUUCAGACAUGUCCCCCUAAAGGAGGACAGCUUCUCUGACUUAAACCUGUAUCUGCUGAUCGGCAUCGUGUCGGUGUCGGUGAUCUUUCUGCUGAGCCUCAUCAGUUUAAUAGCUGUCAAAUGCCACAGGACUGACGGCAGCUUCAGCAGGUACAGCGCCCCAAUGAUCACCACCCACCCUGACGGGAGCUGGUCUUACUCCAAAUCUACUCAGCAGUAUGACGUGUGUUUCAGCUCAGACACGCUGAAGAGUGACGUAGUGGUUUUCCCCGCACAGUUUCCUCCUGUAGAUGGUGAGCUGAUCAGUAUUAACGGAGGAGAUACUUAUAACAGAACACAGACUUUACCCAACAAAGACAAGAUUCAGAGGACGAUGCAUCGCUGGGCUUUGUUACAGAGAGAGGUCGGACGACAAAGAGCGGCUGGCUGGUUUGAUCAUGGAAAUCUCGACGUUUCAGAUUAG